UAUAAAGUUUAUAUGUGUCCCGUGUCCGUAGCUCAACGAACCACUCACACAGUUCCGUAAGCAGAGUCUAAGGUGUAAAACAUCCAUGGGGCACGAAAACGCAGCCGUUUCAGAGAACCAGCAUCACGACGGCGACGCAGCUGCUACCUCUGCGUCCCCGGGGUUCAAGCUCGUCGGAUUCUCCAAGUUCGUGAGGAAGAAUCCAAAGUCCGACAAGUUCAAAGUCAAGCGCUUCCACCACAUCGAGUUCUGGUGCGGCGACGCCACCAACGUCGCGCGCCGCUUCUCGUGGGGCCUCGGCAUGAGAUUCUCCUCCAAAUCCGAUCUCUCCACCGGAAACAUGGUUCACGCCUCCUACCUCCUCACCUCCGGCGACCUGCGCUUCCUCUUCACCGCUCCCUUCUCUCCGUCUAUCUCCGCCGGCGAGAUUCCACCGAACACCACAGCCUCCAUCCCAUCUUUCGACGACGUCACCUACCGCUCCUUCUUCUCUUCACACGGACUCGGCGUAAGAGCUGUCGCUAUUGAAGUAGAAGACGCAGAGUCAGCCUUCUCCGUUAGCGUCUCAAACGGCGCCGUUCCUUCAUCCCCUCCUAUCGCCCUAAACGACGCCGUUACGAUCGCUGAGGUUAAACUAUACGGUGACGUCGUGCUCCGUUACGUUAGUUAUAAAGCCGUUACAUCCGUUUUCCUUCCGAGAUUUGAAACUGUGGAAGAUACGUCGUCGUUUCCACUAGACUACGGUAUACGCCGCCUCGACCACGCGGUUGGGAACGUCCCCGAGCUCGGUCCAGCGCUAACGUACCUCUCACGGUUCACCGGCUUCCACCAGUUCGCGGAGUUCACAGCGGACGACGUGGGAACAGCCGAGAGCGGUUUGAACUCGGCGGUUCUAGCCAACAACGACGAGACGGUUCUUCUGCCGGUCAACGAGCCGGUUCACGGGACGAAGAGGAAGAGUCAGAUACAGACGUAUCUGGAGCACAACGAAGGCGCGGGGGUGCAGCAUCUGGCGCUGAUGAGCGAAGAUAUAUUCAAGACUCUGAGGGAGAUGAGGAAGAGGAGCGGCGUUGGAGGGUUCGACUUCAUGCCUUCUCCUCCGCCUACUUAUUACAAGAAUCUCAAAAACCGGGUGGGAGAUGUGCUUAGUGAUGAAGAGAUUAAGGAGUGUGAGGAGUUGGGGAUUCUUGUGGAUAGAGAUGAUCAAGGGACGUUGCUUCAGAUCUUCACAAAACCACUUGGUGACAGGCCGACGAUAUUUAUAGAGAUAAUACAGAGGAUAGGAUGCAUGAAGAAAGAUGAGGAAGGGAGAGUUUACCAGAGUGGAGGAUGUGGUGGCUUUGGCAAAGGCAACUUCUCUGAGCUCUUCAAGUCUAUUGAAGAGUAUGAGAAGACUCUUGAAGCCAAACAGCUUGUGGGGUGAAAGAAGAAGGAACCAACUCUAAAAAGGAUUGUAAUUCAUAUAUGUAAAAACUUUGUAUGUUGUUACAAAUACCAUCUCAUCAAUACAGAUACCAUCUCAGGGUUCAAUACAAAUGUCUUCGGAUCA